AUCUCGUUUCUGCUCUCUGCAGCAAUCCAUCCUGCUCCUCCCCCCCCCCGGCGUCUCCCGUAUCGCCCAAACUCCCUCUCCUGGGCCCAGUCCGCUUUCCGCGCCUGUCUCCCAGCAUGUCCACCACAGUCAUCCCCAUCAACCCGGCCCAGGUCCAAUGGCUCGCCAAGCACAAGGCCAACUAUAGUUCGCCCGAGUGCCUCGUCGGCGUCACAUCGCCUGCCACUGCGAUUUUCAACCUGGGCGACGUCGUCCUUGCCUCCAACCGCUGCGCCUGUUUUGCAGCCACCCAAACCACCAACAGCUCUUGCCAGUACAUCUCCGUUUCCUCGGCCACGAACACAGCCUUCGUCAACUCCUGCGGCACCGAUGCCACCUGCAAAACUGGCUGUCAGGUCGUUGGGUCCUUCUCGACGGCUUCGUCGAACCCGUGCACCUCGAACUAUAUCACCGGCGCCAUCUCGUCCUCGGACUACACGACGACAGCCCUGUGGGACCCGGGUUUCAACACCAACUACUUCUACUACUACUCCUUCUCCAUGGGCGACACCUCAUGCUCCUCGGCUUUCCUCGCCAACCGUAUCCCCGUCUACCCAACCUGCACCUUGGUGAUGACCGGCGUCUACGCCCUCACCCUCCAAAACGCCAACAACGGCCAGCUCGAGCUCUACGGCUGCAGCGAUUCCAAGUGCAACACAUGCCAGCUUGCCUAUACCGACACUCGCUCCAACACCUGUGUCAUCGACAGCAACGACUCGGGUACAUUCUUCACCAUCUACAGAGAAGGUGGCGUCUUCAACAACCCCUUGCUGGCCCUUCCCUCGGGGUUUCCCAACCAGACCGUUGUCCCGACCACAACCAAGAGCGUCGUUGCGUCUUUGACCCCCAGCGCGACCCCGUCCCCAGACACUCAAAGCUCGGGCAACUCAGCCGCCAUCAUUGGAGGUACCGUCGGCGGGAUUCUCGCGCUCGCAGUUCUUGUCGGUGGUAUUAUAGCCUGGCGCCGAUUCGGCUCUAAGAACCCGAAGCAGGAUCAAGCCCGCCCGACCUCGACCCUCUCCAGUACCGCUUCCCAGCCCAGGAGCCAGCCGACCGUCAAUAGCAGCGUCGUCGAGUCGCACCAGGGAUACGAUACCCGUGGUGCUCCUCCCCCUCCAGCCAGCCAGCCGUACUCGUCGCAGGCACCCCCGGUCCAGCCUUUUGCGACCCAAGGAUUCGCCCACCCUCAGCAUCCCGGCCACCCAUAUCCUCCUCAUUCUGUUCCUGCCCAGCCUCUCCCGGGCCAGCCCUUGCCGCCCCAGCAGCUGUCUCCUCAGGCUCCGUACCAGUCUCCUCGUCAGUCUUUUCUUCCUUCGCCUCAUCCUUCUGCACCCUACGGCGCCCCAUAUGCCUCGGACGCUGCAUAUCCCGCGGGUCAGCCUUACCCAGUGAGCACAGCCUACGCCCCGAACUCGGGCCAUCCGUCGCACGUGUCCUAUUCGGCUGCCCCCUAUCCAUCUCCCCAAGGAUUCUUGGAUAGCAACGGCCGACCCACCAGCGGCUUUUACAACCCAUCUGGACCCCGCGACUCUUUCCAGUCUGCGGCGAACGUGGGUACCCCGCCCAACUAUCACCAGGUUUCGGCCACUCCGGCCGGACAGCCCGUCUUCGUUGACGAAAAGUUCCAGCUCGGCAGCUAUCAGCGUCCGGCCGAGAGUUUUGGCCAGCCCACUUCGGUGUAUCUCCCGGCCGGAAUGCCUGGACCGAGUUCGACCUCGGACGAGUCCAAAGCCGCAUCGCGCUAUGUCGCCAUCAAGGCUACAUCCCGAGACGACGCCGCUGGCCUUGCUCUCAACAUCGGCGAUGUGGUGCUCGUGGCUCAAGAGUUCCAGAACGGAUAUGCUCAGGCAUUCAACCAAACCACCGGGCUCUCGGGCCGCAUCCACCAAGACUCUGUCGCUCCCCUUGGAGCGGAGCGUUUCCUGCCAUCGUAGGAGCCGCGGCACCCCUCGGCCCUGGACCGCUGCCGCAACAGCCGCGGCUUUGACCACAUCCAACCUACAACCAAAGACAAACAUCUUGAAAUUGAAUCGAAUGACCCCUUUUUCUGUUCUCAUCAACUGUGACGAAUACACAUUUGCUUGUCCGUCCACCG